CGAAGCUCUCGGCUUGCAUCAGGGACGCUUCCAAGCUUUAUUUGCAUGCGACCUGCGAGGCGCAAGAACUACUAACCCGCCCAACUACUCGCCUUCUGGAGGCACCGAGAGGGGGCCCGACUCUGGCCGGGCCGGUGGAGCGCUGUGGAAAUGAGCAGCCCCGAUGCUGGAUACGCCAGCAGCGACGACCAGGCGCAAGGACGGUGCUCCCUCCCUCCCCUCAUGAUGCAGUGUCAGUGGGCAGAGUCGCUGAGCCCUUUAGCCGAUGGCAAAGGCAAAGGCGAGGCGGCGGCCGAUCAAGUACAGCAGGGAGCCUCGGGCCGGGCCAAAGGGGAGACCCGCAUUCGUCGCCCCAUGAACGCUUUCAUGGUCUGGGCCAAGGACGAGCGCAAGCGGCUAGCGCAGCAGAAUCCGGAUCUGCACAACGCGGAGCUCAGCAAGAUGCUGGGACAGUCGUGGCGGGCGCUGACUCAGGAAGAAAAGCGCCCCUUCGUAGAGGAGGCGGAGCGGCUGCGGCUGCAGCAUAUGCGGGACCACCCCCACUACAAGUAUCGGCCGCGGCGCAGGAAGCAAGUCAAGCGCCUCAAACGCAACGACGGCGCGGGGGACAGCGGGAGCGGCUUUCUCCCAGUUCAGCACCACCAGCUGGGCCUGCCCGGAGAGGCGGGAAACGGAGGCAGCUGCGAGGGGCUUGGCCUUUCUUACGCAGAGCAGCCGAAUUACGCCGGCGGGAGCUUCCAUUACCGGGACUGCGCGCCGCUCCCGGCCUUGGGAGCCCAUUUCGGGAACUACAGCCUGCCUACCCCGGAGCCUGACUCCCAGGGUGGCGCUUGCGCAGAAACUGUCUUCUUCCCGCCGCCCCACCCGGAGGAAGGCGGCUGCCUAGUGGGGCCCUACGGCUAUCCGACGCCGCCCGGGUCCGAGUAUCCGUGCAAUGGCGUCCCUGCCGGCAGCCAUGGCAAUAACGGCGGCAGCCCCAACAUUGGCGUCAGCCUUUUCCGUAGUCGCUUCCCGGUGCCCUUGGCCCCCUACCCUACUUCGCCCGCCCCGGACCACGCGCAGCAGCAGCAGCAACCCCGCCGCCGAGGGGAGGCCGCCGGGCUUGAGCAGCUGCCUCCGCACGACGUGGACUUGCUGGCGGACGUGGACCGCGCCGAGUUUGAGCAGUACCUGCCCUUCGCCUGCCGCCCGGGCGACCUGGGGCUCCCCUAUGCGAGCCACGAAGGCCCCGAAGCUAACGCUGCUGCCUAUUACUGCGCAGCCGCCGGCGGGGCCGGCACGUAUCCCGAGUUGUGAGUCCGCCGUCCCCUGGCGGGUGAGGGCGGGGCAGGUGGACCCUCUUAGUGCUAUUUAUUGUAAUUUAUUGACUGCGCUUCCUUAAUGGCCAUUUAUAGAAACUUAAAGAGGGAAGGAGCGCCAUUGGAAGACUCGCCUGUCGCAUUUCUCUCCGUGUUUCUGAAAAUCGCCACGUCCAGUGCUCGCGAGGCUUUUCCUUAGAGGCGGCUCUCUUAACGGGUGGUUAGGCAUCCCCUUUUUCAGGUUUUGUACAGAAUGGGUUGGGCUUGGACUAAAGCACCCCAGUUAAAGUUUGACUUGGAACAGCUUGGCAAUAAAAAACAAAAAACUUCAGGUGGUUUUACACGAGGGUGUCGUGGUGCUGUGUCGUUCUUCCAAGAGUUCGUUACUUGAGAAAAUAAAAUGCCAUAAAUAGUUGAAUAGCCCCCGCUAAGUUUGCACACAAAACUCUACAAUAUGCAGAUUGCUUUGCACACCACAAUGCCGGGUUCCCGUAAAAUCCAAAUCAAUCGCGGCGUAUCUUAAAAUGGCCGGGUAAUCUCGAAAGUAGAGGUCCCUGGUGGGCCCCUCGAGAGCCUUUCCCGGAAGGAGAAAGGGAGACCCCACAACACGGAAAUCUGCGCGUACUUUCCCGGCGCCGACGUGCUUGGGAGGCCGAUUACACGGACGGCGCGAGGAGGUAGACUUAAUAAUUCCCGAAUAUAAAGUGAGACCUGAGAACUCCAUAGCAGUUCUCAACCUUUUGGCCUCAUUCUCUUACCCGGAAGGCAAUCCGAGCAGUAAAUACUGAAAGGAUCGCGAAGGUAAUCCGACGAGAAAACACGAACGCUUUCGCCUGGAUUGUCUCUCGUGUUUGAAUACGGCUUCAUUCCAGUAAGUGCUACCUACUGAUAGUAGGUGUUGGGAAAGUUAGUUUAAAUAAAGGCAGUCACCUUUCCCUCACGUUCCCUAGAAUAUUCUCCGAACGUUCACAGGCUGCCAAAGU